GCGUGCGGUUAGUAUCCCAUCAUAUGAAACUUCUAAAAUGACAGUUUUUUCCAUGCUCCUGUUUGUCGGUCUGUCCGUCUCCCUGAUCCCUGGGACUGUCCCUCAGUGCUGUCCACCCCUACAAUUCCAGACCAAUAUCGACAAGUUUACAUCGUUUUCAACCUUCAAGACAUUGAUGUAUUCGUAUGACGCUAAGUCUCGGAAGUUAGCAGUUCAUGUCGUGGCUGAAUCCAAGGAAGACGAAUACGACCUAAUAAAUGAUUAUGCAGCUAAUAAAUCCUACGAAUGGGCAAAAGGAUGGUGCCAUGUAACACCGACAGGUCCCUUCAACCAAACCUGCGUCCCAGCUGGGGCCAAAUUAUUCCGACAAUCUCACGUAGGAGUAUCCCCGAACACAAUUAAGGUAGAUACAUACAAAUUUAUGAAGAGCAGAUUCACAAAACUUUUCACCAUGGGACCAAAUUGUACUCCUGUAGAGUUAGUCCAAACAACCCCAAAGACUCCCCACCCAGCUGAGCAAUAUAUGUGGAUGUUCUACAACAUGACUAUGGGAAUUCAGGAUGCUUCCAUCUUUACACCACCCAAAAUCUGUUUUAAAACGGAAACAAGAGUGGAUAAAAGACCAGCUGAUUUACCUCAUCUCACACAGUUUUAAGGAAAAAAAAAUCAAAAUUCACCACCUACAAUCGAUUACCAGAAACUAGUUUGGUAACAAGUUUAUCGCUCUUCUCUCAUGGAUCUCUACAUAAGUGACAAUUCUCAAACGGGACGUAAAACGACAGAUAAUUAAUCAUUAUUAUGAGAGAAAAGGAAAGCUGGUCUUCUUCAUGUACUAUAUAUUCCUUAUUCUUAUUCUCAUCAUUUUUAUAUUUUAAAAUAUAUUUCUUAUUCUCAUCAAUGGAAUUAUUUUAAAACAUAUUUAUAGUUGCUCUUUGUUGUAUGUUUGUUUGAAUGAAUAACAAAAAUUUAAAAAUAUACUUUUAGCAUUGUUAGAACUGGAAAGUGAAAAAAAAAUCACCGUUCAAUUUAUUUUGGAAGGGAAUACUCACAAUUAUAUUUAAGGUAUCAUAUACAUGUAUUUUGUCUCCAACACUUAUUUAUAUAGUUUUUAAAAAUCUUUGUUUGAAAAAUAAAACGUCCAUGCAAUAAA